CACCAGCCACAAUGAGGAACUCCCGUACAUUUCUCGCAUCUUCUCUCUCGAUUGUCAUUUUUCUCCUGCUAAUUUCUGAAGAUGGCUGUGUAAGAAUUAUUGGAGGAAAUGAAGUAACUCCUCAUUCAAGACCCUACAUGGUCUUACUUAAACUUGACAAAAGCAACAUCUGUGCUGGCUCUUUGAUUGCAACAAACUGGGUGUUGACUGCAGCCCACUGUAUCCUGAGCAAAAGAUCUCAGAUCAUUCUUGGGGCUCACUCAAUUACCAAGCAUGAGACAGAAAAGCAGAUAAUGUCUGUCAAGAAAGAGUUUCCCUACCCAUGCUAUGAUAAAUACACACAUGAAGGAGAUCUUAAACUUCUACAGCUGAAGAAACAUGCAAAAAUUAAUAAAAAUGUGGCUAUCCUUCAACUACCUGAAAGGGGGGACGAUGUGAAACCAGGAACCGUGUGUCGAGUUGCAGGGUGGGGCAUGGUUCACAAUAAGUCACCUCCAUCAGAUACUUUGAGAGAAGUCAAUGUUACCAUCAUAGACAGAAAAAUCUGCAAUGAUAAAAAUCACUAUGAUUUUAAACCUGUGAUUGGACUGAACAUGGUUUGUGCUGGAAGCCCCCGUGGUGGAAAAGAUUCAUGCAAUGGAGAUUCUGGAAGCCCUUUGCUAUGCGAGGGCAUUUUCAGAGGCAUCACUGCCUUUGGCCUUCAGGGGAGAUGUGGAGCCCCUCAAGGGCCUGGUAUCUACACUCUCCUCUCAGAGAAACACCUCAACUGGAUAAUGAAGACUGUGAAGGGAGAAGUUUAGUUGAUCGUAAUUUAUUUCACUUGCUGUCACUUCCUUAAUCAUAUGGCAAAUAAAAUCAACUUGUAUGACUGUUUCUUUCCUAUAAUGUUAGUGGGUUUGAAUGUGUUCCCAAAUU